AUGGAAAGGGCAAGCGAGCAUCCAGAGGUCCCUGGCCGCCGUCCGUCCUCCAACCAGACUUGUAUUCAGGCUCCUCUUUUGGAAAGGGCCAGUGAGCGUCCGGCGGUCCCCAGGCCGCUGCCUGUCCUCCUGCCGGAUUUGGGUUCAGGUGCCUCCGUUGGAAAAGGCCAGUGCACGUCCGGUGGUCCCCCAGCUGCCUUCCGUCCUCCAGCCAAAUUUGGGUUCGGGUACAUCCUUCAGAAAGGGCCAGUGAGCGUCCGGCGGUCCCCCGACCGCCGUCUGUCCUCCAGGCAGACUUGGGUUUGGGCGCCUCCAUUGGAAAGGGCCAAACGCCAGACAACUGAGAAAAGAAACAAAAGGUCUUCGGAGCUAAUUAAAAUACGAGCUAAACGACGUAAACACCGAAGGGGAGCCGAGGGCAAUGGUGGCUGUGACGGUGGCAGAGGGGGACGACCACUUUGGUUUCUUCUGCUGCUACUGUUGGCAGUUGUCUUGCCUGCCUCCUUGGUAAGUGGAGAGUGCGUGGUGGACGUGUGCUGUUGUUACAGCGACAAUUACAACACCACCUACCGGGACAAGAUCAACGCGUUUACCAACCCGCCAACCCCUCCUGAUUAUCAGUACACGGGCAUCAAGCCAAAAGGGAAAGAGGUCUAUGAACCAUGUUUUUGCUCCGAUGUGACCGUGGGUGUGACGUCUAUAACCCUCACCGAAGCGACGUACGUUGCAGAUGCAGCUGAUGCCACCAAGCGGACAAGCCUCCAGAAUACUGUUACCACCAAGCUGAAUGCUCUGAAGGGGAAUAUGACCGGCACAGAGGUCAGCCUUGUGCCCACCCUCAUUUCGCUGAAGGCCAUUUAUGCGAACAACACGGCAUCCAGCGUAGUCUUCAAGGUCGAGAUCCUCCUUAGAGGGAGAAACGAAGGUGUAUCGACUCCUGUUACCAAUGCUUUGGUCGCUGCUUUAGCUGGAAAAUCGUUGGGAAAUGUUAACACGCAGUCUUUGUCUGUUAGUGUUCUGACCUGUUCGGGCAAUCCACCUGACCCCUUGCUUGACGGGACGAGAACUGAUAUCACAAGCUACGUCGCCUCCGCUCAAGUGAUCUACGGUUGCAUUGCUAAAUACAGACUAAGCAACGGGAAGGCCAAGGAGAUAUCGACAUGUUCUCCAUAUAAUGCUACAUGGACCCCUUUGCCAGACGGAAUCAAGUGCGAAAUAGCACCCGACGUAUGCGCGGAGGACCCCCCUACCCCGCCCCCCUUGACGGUGUCUUCGUGGAACAACUUCACGAAGUCCGGGGGCCAUGUUGUCAAUUACCUCUGUAUGGAUGGGUAUUCGUCUGAGAACAAACUGAAUGCAUCUUCAACUUGCCAGAACGGCUUAUGGUCAGCCAUCAAUCCUGCGUUCAAAUGCAUCCAGACCGGGUGUUUAGAGUCGCCGCCCCAGGUGCCGUCGCAGGGAGUGUUGGACUGGAAUCUACAGAGAGCAAAUGGCACUACGAUCACCUACUCCUGCAACAAAGGUUUCAAAUCCAACACCGGACUAAAUCCAGUCGUCAAUUGUUUCAACAUGACCUGGAAGGGUUUCCCAGAAAAGUGGGCUUGCGUUGACGAGAAGACUAAGCUGCACUUGAAGGGAGCAUUGGAAGGUGGAGACGUGGAGGAGUUGAACCUGUUCUACGUCGUUACCAUCCCGUCUGUUGGAGCUCUCUGCAUCAUGAUUAUCUGCUGCCUGUGUUGUACAAGAAUCGACUCGCCGCUCUUCAACAUCUGCAGCGUCAAAACCCCCAAAAAUGCAGGAUACUCAAAGGCAUAAAG